AUGGGGAGAAUCGAGUCUGUUCGUUGGGGUCUUGGAUAUCAAGGGGGUUCUGGCUGUGAUAGAGAAGGCCAAAGUGAACGUAUUAUCUUUGUCAAAAGCAGUGGUGCUACAGAUGUUCCUCAAAAACAAGAUGGAUCUGUGCAAUCACCAGGACACAUUUGCAAUGACCUUGGAACUGGUCAUAGUAAGAAUAUCAAGAUCUCGAUGGCUGCUCGUGAGAUGAAGACUCACACUUCCUCAGGGUCCUCUUUUGGCUGCCGAGAAAUUGAAGGAUAUUUAUAA